AUGGGAGAGGAAGUGAGCAAUAAGCAAAUUAUAUUGAAAGACUACGUUAAUGGUUUCGUCAAAGAAUCUGACAUGGUAUUGAAGAGCACCACUAUCAAACUCAAGGUUCCAGAAGAUUCUCCCAAUUCAAUCUUGGUGAAGAAUCUGUAUUUGUCCUGCGACCCUUAUAUGCGAAAUCGGAUGAGCAAAUUGGUGGACAGCUAUGUUGACUCAUUUACUCCUGGCUACCCUAUAUCAGGAUAUGGAGUCGCCAAAGUAGUCGACUCUACACAUCCCAAUUUGAACAAGGGUGACCUAGUUUGGGGAAUAACUGGCUGGGAGGAGUAUAGCCUUAUUAAAUCUCCAGAGACUUUCUUUAAAAUUCAGCAUACAGAUGUGCCUCUCUCCUACUAUGCAGGAAUACUUGGAAUGGCUGGCACAACUGCUUAUUUUGGUUUCUACGAGGUAUGCUCGCCCAAAAAUGGAGAAACUGUCUUUGUUUCUGCUGCAUCUGGAGCUGUUGGUCAACUUGUUGGGCAAUUUGCAAAGUUGUUGGGAUGCUAUGUUGUUGGAAGUGCAGGAAGCAAAGAAAAGGUUGAUCUUUUGAAGAACAAAUUUGGGUUCGAUGAUGCGUUUAACUACAAAGAAGAGCCAGAUUUGAAUGUAGCUUUGAAAAGGUUAUUUCCUGAUGGAAUUGAUAUAUACUUUGAGAAUGUCGGAGGAAAGAUGCUCAAUGCAGUGCUUCUCAACAUGAAACUCCAUGGUCGCAUUGCAGUCUGUGGGAUGAUCUCACAGUACAACCUGGAGCAGCCUGAAGGUGUACACAACUUAUUCUAUCUUGUGUCGAAGCGAAUCCGCAUGGAAGGGUUUCUAGUUUUCGACUAUUAUCACAACUACCCAAAGUUUCUUGAGGCAGUUCUGCCUGUUAUAAAAGAAGGAAAAAUUACGUAUAUAGAAGACAUAGCUGAAGGCCUUGAAAGUGCACCAGCUGCUCUGAUAGGGCUCUUCUCUGGACGCAAUGUUGGGAAGCAGUUGGUGGUGGUCGCUCACGAGUAA